GAGAGAGAUUGAGAGACGACGAGCCAUGGAAAUGCAGGUCGCCUCCUGGGAUUCGCUCCGUAAGCAGGGCCAUGAUGAUAUUACUCUUGAUGAGAUAAAGACGGCUUUGGGUUCAAAUGAGUUGAGAAAUCAAUUGAACAGUAAAACAGCUGAAAGUAGUCAAGGUGAAGUUCUAAUUGCUCUGGGGAGAUCCAAGGCAAGUGGUCAAAAGUCAGGUCAUAAAAUCUUCCUAUCACAGUCUAAGAAAAAGGUGUAGUGUUAUUAUUAUAAGAAAUAUGGGCACAUAAGAAAAGACUGUCUGCAGAAAGACGGAAAGGGUCACCACAGGAGUAGACCAAGGAUGGUGCAAAUGUGGUUGUUGUUCGUUCUUCAGGUGAUAUUGAAACUGUUCUAUCAGUAUUCGAUUCACAAGUGGGUGGGAAAUGGAUUCUUGAUACAACUGCUACAUUUCACAUUAGUACCUCAAGUUGCGAUCUCAUUUAAUUGGUGAUUUUGAGAUGGAAGGAUUUGAGAGCAGCUAAGCAAAUUUUAGGGAUGGAGAUUGACAGAGAUCGAAAAAGUGGGAAAUUUUUUGCUUAUUGCCAAAGAACUACAUUGGAAUGGUUCCUAAGGGUUUUGGUAUGGAUCGAAUGAAACUUGUGAGCACUCCAUUAUUAGCUCACUUCGUGCUCUCAACAUAAUUGUUUCCACAAACUGAUGAUGAAAAUCAACAAAUGACUUGCAUUCAGUAUUGCAUGUAGUUAGAAGUGUGAUGUAUGCGAUGGUUUGCACCCCACCAGAUAUUUUACAUGCAGUUAAUGUAGUGAGUAGAUAUAUGUCUUCUUUUGGUGAAAAACAUUGGCAGACAGUGAAGUGGAUCCUUAAGUAUUUAAGAGGUACUGUGAAUUUGUGCAUAGUGUAUGAUCAGAGUGAUUGCUUAAGCAGUGUCACCUGCUAUAUAGACUAUAUAGACUCUGAUUAUGGCAGACAGUGUUUUGUGAUAAUCCAAGUGCCAUUCAUUUGACUAAAAAUCAAAUGUUUUAUGCAUGAACCAAACAACAUUGAUGUCAAGUGUCACUUUGUUUAUGAUCAUAUUUCACAUGGUGAUGUUGGGAUCAGUAAGAUUGCUAGUCAGGAGAACACGUUGGACAUGCUAACGAAGCUGUUGGAGGCUGCAGUGGUGGUUUCGAUUACUUGCUUAAGAAGAAAUACUAGGAAGAGGUUUAAGAAUGAUAUGGCUUCCCGCUCAAAGCUGUCAGGCAUGCAAAAGCAAGUUUUAUGUUUAUAUAGAGAUUUCCUUCGGGCAGCACGAAAGAAACCCCCAGAAGAGCGCAACAGAAUUCAGUCGAUCAUUUCAAGUGAGUUCCAUGAGAAAGCGAAGAAUAUUGAUAGGAAGAAUUUCCUCUACAUCGAAUACUUGAUGCGGCGAGGAAAGAAGCAGUUGGAGCAACUAAACAACCCUGAAACUGUUAGCCUAUCAACCUUUAAAAUUGCCUCAUCAUCAGCAGCAAUCAAUCCAUCACUUUACAAUCAAAAUUCAAACAUUUCAUCAUCGGAGUUGCAUGCUGCUGAGCCUGACAAGGAACCUGCAGCAAAGGCCACCGUCCAAUAAGUUCUUCGGUGAUUCAAACGCAAAUGCGGCUCGCCAAUUGCCGCACCAUUUUUGUUCCUAUAUGAGUUCUCCAUGGCAUUCUUUUAUACUGCAAAAUGGUCACAGAACAAACACCCAUCAAAGUUUGAGCCAGGUUAAAUUAACCAGAAGCUACUUCUUGGGUUGUUUUCCUGAGGAGUCUGGGAAUGUGCUUUUGUAGUGUUGUGCAGUGUUUCAAGCAAAGAUUGGAUGGAGACUUGAGACUCAUCUAUCACAUUUCUGUUUGAGCAAAUUAUGUGCUAUCUAAAACAUUUGUAGCUUUAGAGGACUCAUGAUAAGUGUAAUAUAUAUAUAUAUGAGGCCGCACCUUCUAUGAAUGUUCGUAUAAUUUAAUUCAAUGAAAUUUUUUAACAAUGC